AGCCCCAGGCCUGGCGCGCGGGGGGUGGGGACGCCGGGGCCGCUGCCCGGCCCCUGGCAGGCCCGAGGGCGUGCGGCCAAGCCCUUCGCGGAGGGGCGGCGGCCCGGGGACCGGCGAGGUCCCAGCCCGGGAAGCCCGGCGCCACCUCGGCCGCCUGGGCGCGCGGGGAGACGGUCGGAGAGGCUGAGUAACCUGCCCGCCGGCGCACAGCCUCCCGCUGGUCCGGGGAGCCGCGCGCGGGUGAGGCUGUGGCGGGCCUGGGGCGCGCUCAGCGCUGCGCCCCUGCGGUUACUUGGCGUGCGUCCCCUCCGCGGCCCGGGGACUGUAUCUCGUUCUCAGAUGCUGCCCGGAACGUAGUAGGUGUUCAGUAUUUGCUGCGUGAUGAGCGAUGCUGACGUCUCUCAGAUUCCCGUUCAGCCGCCCGGAGCUGCUGAAGGAAUGGGUGCUGAACAUCGGCCGGGGCAACUUCGAGCCCAAGCAGCACACAGUCAUCUGCUCCGAGCACUUCCGGCCCGAGUGCUUCAGCGCCUUUGGGAACCGCAAGAACCUGAAGCACAACGCGGUGCCCACGGUGUUCGCCUUCCAGGGCCCCCCACAGCUGGUGAGGGAGAACACAGACCCUGCCGGCCCGAGUGGAGAUGCUGCCUCUGAGAAGGGAAAGGUCCUCCCUGAGACGGGGGCCGGGGAGGGUGGCCCAGGGAGGAAGGUGGACGCGACGCUCGAAGUGCUGCAGCUGCCCCCGGACGCUGGAGGCCCCGGAGCACAGGUCCCGCCACACAGACCGGAAGCCACUGGGGUCCCUGGUCAGCCGGCCAGCCCCACACAGCCGUCCGAUCACAGCUACGCCCUUUUGGACUUAGACGCUCUGAAAAAAAAACUCUUCCUGACACUAAAGGAAAAUGAAAAGCUCCGCAGGCGCCUGAAGGCCCAGAGGCUGGUGAUGAGGAAGAUGUCCAGUCGCCUGCGUGCCUGCGGCGUGGGGCAGCCGGGACUCCAGGCCAGGCUCUGGCCGGGGCAGCAGAGCUGAGCCCGCCAGCUGGGCCUUCUCCGCCGAGCCACCGGGAGGAGGGGCAGUGGUCUCGGGGCUCUGGCCGUGGGCGGACCUUUCGGUCCUGCCCUGACAUUCGGCCCGUGCCACCUCGUGUGAAGUGUAGUGGCCUCGGGCUGGGAGGGGCGGGGCGGGGCCGUGAGCACUACACCUGGUCCUCCCUCCAGCACAAGCUGGCCGAGCAUCCUGGGAACCACAGCCUGAGGAGCCGUCCUGGGCCAGUGUGGCUGACCCUCCCCAGAGGGGACGGAACGCGUCUCAUUGAGGGGCAGCUGGGCCCAGGGGCGCCGGCACUCUCCAAGGCAGCGAGUGGCCCCCUGUCGCCUGGACGGCCGGCUCUCCAAGUGGCUGAGGCUGGCUUCUGUCCUAGGAGCGCCUCCCUGCCCGGCCAGGUGUGAGUGAGCAGCGUAAUAAAGUGUCUUCCUACACUG